GCCAUAUUUUUUAUCUACUUUGUCAUCUACGUCUGUGUUGGAAGAUGGAGAUACCAGUCUCUCCUGCAAGGUAUCUGGCAACCCCAAACCAGAGAUAAUUUGGUAUAAGAAUGGGCAAGAUAUAAAUGAAGAGAAGGAUAUUUGCCAUUGUGAAAUAUUGGAGGAUAACCUUAGUCAUGCCUUACAUUUAUUUAGGUUCACCAGAACCUCCAACACUAGAAUUCAGUGGAUCGGCUACAAAGCAAAACUUAGGAACAAUGUCUUUCCCCACAAUGGAAUGUGGCACUUGCCCUUUGAUGGAAAAUCAGCACCAAAAUACUCAUUGUUCAGGAGACAAAAUGGAUGCUAAAAUUGUACUGGAUCAAAAAGAAAACAACAGCAUUUUGGGCCUGUCGAAAACCACAUCUGAGUUCUUUAUUUAUGACAGUGUUGAAGGGUCUGGGGAUACUAUUGAAGGGGAGGUAAAUGAAUUCAGUGUCUCACAAGUGGAUUCCAAACCAGCAAGUCAAGUCACUGAUCACACAGACAGCUGUUGCUUUAAUGCUGAAGUCUUAGCUGCUUGUCAGACAACUGAAUAUGCCAAGGCACAUGAAAAGGGUAGCGUCAGUAAACUUGUGAAAAAAGGCACACUGUCCGGGAAUCGCACCAGCGCUCCUCUCGAAAACCAGACCUGCUUUUUCAAGGAUUCCCCUGAAAAUGCCGGCAGUAAUGUUGAGCUUCGCCUCGACAGAAUCUUUGCUACAACAGAUGAGUCCUUUGAUGACGACCUUCUCGAAUACUUUGAAUGUUCAGACGUGAUGACGGAAGAAGAGUAUCGGAACUGGGAUGAUCAGCUGAAGUUUCUGCUGGAAAGUGAUGAUGAAGAAGAUGAGUUAAUACUGGGUCAUGAUUGUGAUGGGUGUGCUUACUUCCUUAGUGAAAUGCCUCGCCUGUUUCAAGUGUCAGAUAACACCAUGCCUAUAGAUCCCCCCAUUGGCUUCUGUGGUCAUCAGUCAAAAUCCAAAGAAGUAGCUGUCAGGAGCGACCUCACUACAUACAGUCCAUCAACUUUGCAAGCAGGAAUGACUCUCACUGUUGGGCAACAGCAAAGUAAAACUUCCACCCUGAAAGACAAAGAGAAGUUCAAGCCGCCCGUGGCAUCCAUGGCAAUUAAAAAUGAUUAUGCCAGAAUUGAAGAAGAAAACACCGGCAACAACCACACAACUGCGGAUGUUUCUGCUGUCCGUUCGCAAGGCACGGAAAAUGGGAUUUCAGAGACAAAAUCCUCCUCUUACGACUUAGGUGGCUCUUCAGCAACAGCAGGCAAACGAGGUGUAGGCAGAGGCUUCUUGCGGAAAAACACACAACAGUUAUCAAAGGUAAGAAAUAAACUGACAGAAGGGAAAGCCAAAGUUAGUGCAGCCAGUCCGACAAAGACAUCAAAAGACCCAUUAAAACUGUCACAUCCUAAAGAGCUUCGCACCUCUGCAAUUUGCACAGUUCCAAGAGAACGAAGUCAUUUGGAUUCGGCUGCACCGCUUCACAGGGAAGGGGGAAAUAUUUCAACCCAAGGGAAGCGGAAUACAGUAAGGGCUUCAAAGCAGAUUGGUGUAUUUCAUGGCAAAGGAAGAGAUGAAAGUGGUCCAUGGGAAGACGGCAAAUGGAUUAGCAGUGUAUCAGAGGGAAACCAGGUGCCAAAGGAAAACGCCACACUUACGGUAGAACAACAAGAAACUGGUACUGCCAGCACAGCACCAACCAGGGAUGAUCUAAAACUGUUUAUAAUAGAGCCUGAGUUAGACGAGAGAUCCGUCUUCACAUCUUCUGCUAUAAAAAGUGUUUCUGUAGAUGGUGAAAACUCAGCUUCAGAAAAAGUCAGUGGCACAAACGGAUUUCAAAUGGACGAAACUGUGUUGGAAAACUCAGCGGGACUUUCUGUAUCCAAUGGAACUGAUGGGAGUGAUGAGAAGGAGCCAUGUGAAUAUCAAACUCUUCACAUCCCAACCCUGGACAAUAUGGCAAGCUGUAAUAUGCUAUCAGACGACCCCAAUGUCACUUCCAAGUCUGAAGGCUUAUGUGACGUACUGACUCCUAUGGCAAUGCCUGAAAUGCAAACAGAAAGAGGGAAGGCAAAUCCUCAUGAAGUCAAUGAGGUAACAACAGUCCAUGACACACCAUGUGCUGAAUAUCUAUCCGAAGGAGAUUUCCAGAGGGCCUUGGAAUCUGCAGGACCUGAGCUUAGAGAUGACGAUUUAUCAUCAAUGCAUGAGCAGUUACAGAAACUUCUUCACGAGGAAGAAGAUUGGGACUAUGACUUCACUUGCGCAAGUGAUGAGGUUAAGAGUUUAGCAGCUGGGACUGACACUGCCAAGGAAGUCAGAGGGCUGGACGUUACUGGGGAUGUCAGUGCCGGGAAGCCUGAGCCAGGAAAUUUAACAGAACAUAAUCAGCUUGUCACAGAAUUGGCAGCGAUAAUGAAAGUCCACACCGAUUUUAACAGCCUGCUAAAAACAGAUGAAGCGUGCAUCCGUGCAUCCAUGGGCAGCCGUCCUCUUACACUACCUGUAGAAACAGAUGCCAUGUGCCUGUGCUCUGCCUUUGGACAUAAAACAGAAAAGCCAUCUGCUCAUCUUCUAAGGAACCAUCUCCGAAAGGAAAAAUUCUUGGAGGAUAAGCACAUUGAAAUGCAGCCUGAUCAUAAUGAAUCGAUUCAGAGGUCCACUUAUCAGGAAGGAAUGGUUAUGACUGAUCAUGCUGUCCCAUCUUGUGAUGCAGAAUCUCCAUUCAGACUUACAGAAGCUCCAGGCAGCCCUCUAGAACGCGGCCAAGAAAUUUUAUCGGCCCUACCUACGAAUCAUCUUGGCCAGUUGUCUCAUAUAGAACAGAAUGUUCGUUGUACAUAUGGUCCCAUAGCAAAGCAGGCUGAUGAGAUGUCUGCUAAAGAAUCUCACAUUACACUGUGCCACUCGAGAAUAAAAAAGUGUGCUAGUCUUGCUGAGCUUUCACCGAAAGAGGAUUCAUCCAGUAAUUUCUUUGGCAAAAAUACAGAUCAAUUUACAAGUGAAGAACACUCUUCAGUUACGGCGGUCGAUAAAAGUGCUGCAGAGAAAUUUCAGGAGAAAGGAACUGAGUCAGAAUUGAAUGCCCAAAGUGGCAGUAAUUGUGGCAUUUAUCAUAUUUUGAGAUGUAAUACGAGUAAAGAUGUUCAAGCUGUAUCUGGUGCACAGCAUUACAGCUACCACAUACGAGAUCAUAAUUCAGUUAUAGCCACAAACUCUAAAUGUGAUGGGGAUGGGACGGAAGAUACAGGCCAGGAAAAGAAAAGAACAGAAGGAAGGAAAGAGGAGCCUGUGUUCACAGCAUCAUACAAGGUUAGGUUCUUCACUGAAGUUCUGCUAGAAAUAAACAAGACUGAUAAAAACAGUAUGAGCCAAGAGCAUAGGGACUUCGGAGCAAGUGCGGGACAAAUCGCCCGAGAGUCCAAACGUAUCUUACAGAUCCCACCAUCAGAUACUCAAUCAAGAGAACCAGACAAUAGUUCCAGCAUCACCGGCCAUUUUUGUGAGAGUGCUAAUGGGUUAGGUCUGGAUUUUGCAUGCUUUCCACCUGAAACCUGCAAGUUAGCAGCUUUAAACACAGUUCCACCUUCAAAUAUUCUCAGAAACGAGUGCAGCAGAACAGGUCAGGAGAGUCAGAAUGCUAGCGAUAUGGCAGGCAAUUUAAUUGUUUGUACUCAGAAUAGGACUCAACAAGAAAACAUGUACAAAGGGUGUAGCGCCAAUCCACUGGUGGUGUUUGGAAGCACGAUGCAAACGGAGGCCAUGCAGAUUGAAGUUAAGGAGGAUAAGGAUAGAAAGGCAUUGAAACCGAGUCAGGAUCAGGAUCAAAGGGUGGAAGAAAAAAGGAAGUCUCAAACAGCCCCCUGUGUGAGAGAAAAACAAAUGUCAGUUGCACUUGAUAUUGACGUAGUUGAAGUAGAACCUUAUAUGAGGGCCCUAAUUGACUCAGAGCAGAUAUAUUCUUGGCAGGAUAGCAUUGAACUGCAACAGGAUGAGUACCAAAAGGUGGAAGGAGAAAGUCAGGCCAAAAGAAUCCCAUGUGAGAGGGACACUAGGGGGAAUGAAGAGUCCGUUGAAUGUAACCUAGAGGAAGCUGAAGUGGAACCGUACAUGAGAGCACUCAUUAAUUCAGAGCAGAUCAAUUCUUGGCACGACGGCACAGACCAAGUGCAUCCAUCCAUGGCCUCUUCCAGUGAGCAAGCUGGUGUGUCUGUAGGAGGAUUAGUGGGCGGAUGUGUAAUUACAUCUACAGGCCACAAUCAAGCCAGAGCUUUCACAGAUGGUGAGAGGCAAAACCUAAAUCCAUCCGAGCGUGCAACAGCGACCUUAGGCAGCCUUUUGCCCUGUGCCUCUGAGAACAGCCAUCGUUCUGAGGAACAGCUGCCACAGGUCAGAACUCAGCCGUGUGCUUCAGGCGCAACUGCCCGAGGUCUGUGCAUAUUAAAAGAAGAGCGCGCAAAGUUACAGGAGGCUUCUAAGCUCUGCAAGGCCCCCUCGCCUCACAACAGUGUUGAGGACGUGAAGCGCAAGCAAGAGACGGUAAAGAAGAAGACGAUGCCAAAGGUGCAAAAUAAGAAACCACGCCUUGAAGUGAAGGAAAAUGUUUGCAACAAUGUCAGCUGCCUUAAAAGAGUCUUGAAAGCGGAGGCUGGUUUAACUCACAAGGAAGAUAAGAGGGAACAAUGGAAAUUGCCAUGCAAAAGAGAUAGCCAAGCCCCCAAAUUGCUGAAGAAAAUUCAAGCAGAACUGUUCCCUGAUUUCUCUGGAAAUAUCAAAUUAUGCUGCCAGUUCAAUGAAAUUCAUGAAGAGUCCACCAUUACAUGGACUAAAGACUCUAAGCUACUCGCCCGAGUACACAGAAGUGCAGGAGAUGACUUUCCGGUGUCGUUGGCAAUAGUUCAAGCUGGUAAAAAAGACCAAGGACUGUAUCACUGCUGCCUGAAGAAUAUGUAUGGAAAAGCAACUGCAGAGUUUAACUUGACCUUGGAAGUAUUGGAACACCUUUCCAGUUUUCAGGAUGUUGAAGGCUUGGAAGAGAUUGAAUUCUUACAGCUUAUGUUCAGAGAAGACUUCAUCUGCGACAGUUACUUGAGUAAGAGCCUGCAUGGGAGGAUAACGACGGAGGAGAUACAUUUUGGGGAAGGAGUCCAUCGAAAGGCCUUCCGAAGCAAAGUCAUGCAGGGCUUAGUCCCCGUGUUCAGCCCCGGCCACCCCUGCGUUCUAAAAGUGCACAACGCCAUUGCGUAUGGGACCAAGAACAACGAUGAACUUGUGAAAAAGAAUUACAAAUUGGCACUGCAGGAAUGUUAUGUACAGAACACAGCUAGAGAGUAUGCCAAGAUAUAUGCUGCUGAAACAAAACCUCUAGAAGGCUUUGGAGAUGUGCCUGAAAUCAUUCCUAUUUUCCUUAUUCAUCGGCCCAAGAAUAACAUCCCUUAUGCAACUGUGGAAGAAGAGCUUAUUGGAGAAUUUGUGAAAUACUCUAUCAGGGAUGGGAAAGAAAUAAAUUUCAUGAGAAAAGACUCUGAAGCUGGCCAGAAGUGUUGUACCUUUCAGCAUUGGGUAUACGAAAGAACCAGCGGCAGCUUGCUUGUAACAGAUAUGCAAGGUGUAGGAAUGAAACUCACUGACGUUGGCAUAGCAACACUGGCCAAAGGGUACAAAGGUUUCAAAGGUAACUGCUCCAUCUCAUUCAUUGAUCAGUUUAAGGCCCUCCAUCAGUGCAAUAAAUACUGCGAGAUGCUGGAACUGAAACCCCUCCAAACCAGCUGUCAGAAACAGAGGAAGCCAGCAGCCCCCAAAAUCAAAGCACAGCCAAGCUCAAGUACUGUGAAGAAAACUGUAGUCAAUCUUCAGGCUGCCAAGAAAACAUAGGGUCUUUGUUUCCUUCUGGAAGAAGCAUCUAGUCUACCACCCUCCUUAUUGCAAUAGGGCCUCUCUGGAAAU